AUGAAAGGGCUUGAAUAUCCAUAAUUUUUAUAUAAACCUGUUUUAAGUUAACAUAUAACUGAUGAUGAAAUUAAUGAAUUACUAAAGAAGUUGAACAUUAAUAAAUAUGCUACUUUAGAGAGAUUUCAAAAUGAAUUGUUAAUAUAAUUUGAAUUUGAUGGAGAUAAAUUUAUCAGUCUAUCAGAUCUUAUAAACUAUAAUGUAAUUUGAUUAAUCAAUAUUAUUUAGAGAUAAAAUUAAAAUAAUGAAUUUAUUAAUUUAGAUUAUGCAAUUAUCAUUAUAAAUUCAAUUUUAACAGAAUUCUAAAAUAAUUAUAGCAAAAAUACAGAAGAUGUUAAUUUCAAUCUUAAUGAAAUAUGGAUUGGUAAUGAAUUAAAAUCUGAAAAAUAGGUUCAAGUAAUAUUUACUUAAUUUAAUUUUAUAUAAGAAUAAAAAUAAAAUUCUAACCAUAAUAUUCAAUAAUUAUAAUUAAUAAUUCAAGAACUUUUAAAAUUAUGUUAAACUAAUUCCUAAAAACCCAAGGAAAUUUAGGAAUAAUUACUAAAAUGCAAUAAAAUUAAUGAUAUCUAAAAUAUUAUAAAAAAGAAUUUGACAGAUUGUUAAAAAUUACAGAUAUAGUAAAAUAAAGCUGUUGUCUAAUAGCAUAUAGACAAUAUUUUAAAUUAAACAAAUGAAAUAUCAGAAUCAAUGAAUUAACAAAAUUAUAGAUUAUUAAGGGGUAAUUUAAUGAAUUGGAUAAUCAAGAGCAAUUCAAGAUUUAAUGACAAUGUUACUAUUAAAGAUAUAUUUCUAAAAUUAAAUUUAGAGGCAUCUUAUAAACUUUUUACUUAAUGGUCAGAUGUAAACUAGAUUUUUAGUAUAUUAAAAACAAAUUAGAUUUUGAACUAACUUUAAAGUUUAUAAUGUAUAAACAACUUGAUUUUCUAUUUGGCAUUUCCAACCUAUCAUCUGAAAUAAAAAUUUUCGUCUUAAUAAUUAUACAAUUAAGAAACCAUAUAAUGGAUUGAAAAUGUGGAAAAUCUUAUUCUUAAUUAGAUUGAGCGAUAUAUUGCAAAUAUCCUUACAUUUUAUAAAGGAGAUAAAGAAGAUUGGAUAAAAUUAGAUUUUAAAUGUAUUUUUAACUAAGUAAGAUAAAGCUUUGAUAAGAUUUUAUUAGAAUCUAAUAAUGUCUCAAUAAUUAUAGAAAGUGAAUUUGUAGAAUAAAAUACUUUAAAAAUUAUCGAACAAUAUUACAAGGAAAAGGUUGAAGUAUUAAAUCAAGAAAUAAUUAGAUUAAUAUUAAAAACAAAUUUGAAUUGA